CUUGUGUUACCGUAUUAAUCAUUUGGUAAAUAUUUCUCUAAAGGCUAGGAAUAUAGAAAUUUCCAGGGGCAGAGUGAUGGUCUAACAUCCUGUUUUCAACAGUGGGCAAUUCCCAGGGCCCCACAGGAAGGCAGAUCCCCUCCUUUCCUUCCUCCCAUAUCUAGUGUCAGUUGUGUCCCAGUAGACUGCUGUCAGUCUCUCUCUGACCAUUGCCAGCCAUGGGAUAAGCCUGAUGGAUAGCUCUGGCUGGCAUCAUGCUAGCUAUCUCACCAUUUUGUCUGACCUAAACCUGAUCCUGUGUAUACAUAUCUGUACGUGUAUCUUCCUUCAGUACUAGUGACUUCUUUGUUCAGUCACCUGUGGCAGCAAUAGGUCUCCAGGUUAAUUAUAAAAAGCAAUAAGAUAUUUAAUUUGUACUACUUUACUUCUAUUAACCCACAUUAAUAUCCAGAGCACCACCAUUUACUUCUCAGGUUUUAUCAGACAGAUGCUAGUGAAAAUGAGAGCAGAAGUAGGGCAAUUGUCCUUCAGUGAUUUUUUUUUUUUUUUUUUUUUUUUGUGUGUGUGUCUUUCUGUUCUUGUUCUGCAGCAGGGAAAAUAGGUGUUCCAGACAGGUCUGUUCUAAGCAUUCAUUACUCUCCAUACCCCUCUUAUAUCUGCUUGCUCUGCUUACAUUAGAAGAACACUGCUGGUCUAAAAUCAGCAAGAUUAAGUUGUGAUAACUAAAAUUCAAUGUUAAUCAGCUGUCUUGCAUGUGACUAUAUGUGCAUUUAAAAAAAACUCUGGGAGUUAUACUUAGACAAAGGUAAUGGGAAAAGAACACCCCUUGCAGAAGCUGCAUUUUGGAAUAAAUGUAGCAGCCCUAUAGUGCUUGCUGUCCAUGCUGAAAUACUUAGGCAAAACCCAGACCUGCAACAGGAAGAAUUUAAAUACAUCUCUUGACAUAUGCCAUUUCUGUUUCCCCCUGCCAGGUGAAGAUGAGAUUCUGCCCAAGUGAGCUAUAGAGUAUAUCCCCUAUUAGGCCAGCUCAAGGAGGCCUAAUAGAACCCCAUGAAUUACUCAGUCCAACUGCUCUGGUAGCUUGUCAAACUCUCAGAUAACUACUCCCAAAGAUUUCCAGAGGUGGGAAUCUAUAAUAAAUAAAUAAUAUAAAUAUAAUUAUAAUUAUACUUAUAAAAUAACCUAUAGUAAACUUCUCAAAGGAGUAGCCUGGGUAGGCCAGAAAUGCAGCAAAAAGGCCUUAGCAUGGUGAAGUUAGGAGAAAGAGAAAGAAUAGCAGUUAAUCUUUCAUGGAAAUUCAAUUUUCAAUUUAAUGCUAAUGAUGCCUUUUAGAAAUCGAUAUCUACAAAAUAUAUUAUUAAAUAUCUACAAAAUAUAUAUCUAUGCCUACAAAAUAUAUUAUUAAAAUUAAUUCAGGCAGCUAAAGACUUCAUCAACAGACAUGGUUUGAAAUCUUUUACAAAGGCAUGUCAGAAGCACUAGAAAUAGGGCAGGCAUCUAAACAGAAAAAGAGAAAAAGGAGUUGAGUGAUACAAAAGAGAACCAGCCUUCCCCAGAGCCCGCAAAGAGUUUGUCAUAAUAUAGUCACUGUGCGUGGCUUUCUGUGUAUUUUUUUUCUGCAUUUCCCUUGGAUUCAAGUAGUUAUAUUAGGUACAGUAAAUCUUGGGCACAUUCUGAAAUGCAGGGAAAGUAGAAGAAUUUUAUGGAGGCUCCUGCCAUCCAAAUCUCCUGAUUGGAAUACGUUUACGGAAUAAGUCCACGGAGCCCAUGGAAGUGAAUGGGUCUUUUAAGUCAUUUCAAAGGCCUUUUGGUUAAGUACUCUCUGCUUUUUGUUGUGGUUUUCUCUGGAGGGAGAAACCUGAUGGGAAUAGUUCCACUGCAGAAACAAUUUAAUUUCAUAGUAUAAACUUUAAUUUCUGAAUUAUGAGUGAUCUUGCAAAUUGGUUUAUAUCCUUUUGUAGACUAGCCUUUGUCACUCAAUCUGCAGGUCUAUUUAGAUUUCACAUUAUCGUCAAGCAGGCAGAAUGUCAGGAAAUCCUGCUCUGUUGGUCCAAGUCACUGAUGUCGGUUUGAUCUAUUUCAAAGUCUGUAAUAUUUCUUGAAAGUGCCUUCCUGGAAUAGCUCAGAUCUCUUGCUCUGUGAUCAGGACCCAGAACCAUGCAACUCUCAACUGCAUUCUUGCUAACUGGAUGAUGCACCAUAUGCAGAUGAAGGAAAAGCAAACUCCUCCUGGGCUGAGGUAGCCUGAAGGAUGACACACUGGAGGUAUUUAAGUGCUUAAGUGUGUUAAUCCAUUUCCUUCGUAGGACUGGGUCUUUGUUGGAGGGUCAUUUCCCUGAGUAAUAUUUAGUCAUUGCGGUUGAGCUGUUAGUAAGUACUCUUAACUAUUUAGUCCUCCCUACGCUUCCUCCUAGUAACUUUACUUCAGUUAGGCAUAACAACAUCUACUGUAUUGAUUAUAACUUUACUUCUUUUUCUAUUAUUGCAAUGACUCAUGCAAGAGGAAAUGAGACAACUCUUGGUGACAGGAUAAGAAAAUUUCAUUAUCUUGUAGAUACAGAUAGGUCUACUAGAACAUUUUUUGGAGCUGGAGGGACUGAAAACUAAUCAAGUUUUCCUGAUUAAAGUCCUCUGAUACCAAAGGUUCAGUAUGACCUGAUAUUUUAAGGUUAAAAUACCUCCCCUUCCACCUUAUUUUCUUUUUAUAUGACUUCUGAUAAACUGCUUUUUAGUAUCUAGAAAGAAAAUAAAUAAUAGAACCAGAUCUUCCGCUUGUACUUCACAACUUUUAUGCACAGCUCCCUGUCCCAGCUAUGUGUGCAAACAGGCAAUGGGCUGGGAGAGUCAGUAAGAACUGAUAAAUUCCCAUAUGUAUCAUUCUGAGAUGGGGAACAUGGAGGUCUGAAACUGGAUCUAAAUCAAUGGGGAAGCCAGACAACCAGGAACUUCUGUAGCAUCUGUGCAGGUGUUCUAGACAUGUACCUGGUUCCUUUGUUAGUUAGAAAAACGUACCAUCAUCCUCUGCCCUGAAGCAGAGCUGAAGUCCACUACUUGCUGUUCUGGCCUUCUAUCAUAAAAUAGAGGAAGCAGAAUAUAGUUCUUCCCCUUCUUCCUCUUCUGUGUUUCCUUUCCUGUGGGGAAGUAAAGAUGAAAUAUGUCUCUUCUUCCCCUUUGUAAGGUAAAAGAAGUCAGUCAGAUACAGUGAUUUCCUGUCCUUAAUGCUCCCAUUCCCUGAAAUAUGUACAUUCCUUACACUUAUAGAAGAACUUUCACGCCAGAAUUUGUUUCUGCCUCUAAAGUUUCCUUUUUUCCUACCACAAUGCAAUACCGAUACCAGACUUUUGGAAGAAAUUUAUCCUUUGAUAUUAUCUCCAGGGAGUAAAAUAGGAUUUUAAAUACAGCUACCUAACAAUGUAACUGUGGUGCUCAUGAUGGGGUGUGCCUGUUUUCUACUUCCCUACCCACCUUAAUCAGUUCAAUUAUGUGACCUGGUCAAGUCACACCCCUACGUGAACAAUGCUGCUGCUCCUGUGCUGCAUUACUUUUACAUGAUAUUUAUGCUGAACUGUCCUGCUUGCAUGGACUGACUAAACCAAAACCUGCUGGUGAAGAAUGAAUGACAGGCUUCUGGCACUGCACGUGUGUCUUGGGCCACAUUGCUGUGGGCUGUGACCCAGUUGUUAACUGGAUGGGAGACUUAUCUGAAAGAGGAAAUAGUGAAGAUGAAUCAAGAGGUGGUACUUUUUCUGCUGAAUCAGAACUGAGUUGAUGCCCUGUAAGCUUCAGCAAAAUCUGAAGUGAUCCUAUCUAAAUCACUAAAAAUCUGUGAUUGAAAAAUGACAAUGCUAUUUUUUUCAUUCAUAUGUGGCCAUAUAUUCAUGGUAGAAGAAACUGUCCUAUAUUUGCCUUGAUGUAUUUCAUAUCUCUCAGUUCAUUUUAGUAAAAUCCAAGCUUUUAUUUUUUAUUUAAUAAAAUAAAAGCCAUGACUAUAGCUGUGUAAAUAUUAUGACUUAUAGACAUGCUCAUCAAAAGCCUUCCCAAAUAAAGCUAAAAAUAGAUAUCUUUCCUGAAAUACAUGACCUUCCAGGGCUUUGCAGCUGCCUUUAAAAUCUUAGCAGUAAUUUUUAUUUCACUAUUAAUUGCAUUUUGACAUUGUGAGUCUGAAAAUCACAGCUACCAGGUGUAAUCCUUUUUUUUCUGUUAGGUGCACAAACUGUGUGAAAUACACUGGCAUGCAUAUAUAUGCAUAAAAGUACAUGGCAGAAACCUCUUACUAUUAUUAUUACCUGAUUGGCUUUGAUGGACUUGCUCUAUGUUCUUGCCCAGAUGCGGUUUUGAAUCCCACAGGAUUAAUAUUCCGGCUGAUCAAGAGUUAUUGGAACUUUUUUUCUUCCUCUGGACCCUGUCAGCAGUUAGCCUGAAGAUGGAGAGGGGAUUUUGAUGAAGAAAAAAAAAAAUCAGCCUUGUAUUGUGUCCACAUUUAGGCAGUUUGUUAAGAUGAAUGUCUGUAGGUUACGCUUAACAGUACCACCCGACGACGGCUCACAGCCUGAGCAGGGAGCAAAGGAACCUGAAAGAAAGAAAAAUGAGCUGUACCAUGUACCAAAUGGCAUGUCUCCAGGGAAGCUGUCUCAUGGAAUGGUGUAUGGUGUCGUGCACCGAACUGACAACAACCAUAAGAGAGAAAUGGUGGUUUACGGCUGGUCAGCUGAUCAGCUGAAAGAGGAGAUGAAUUACAUUAAAGAAGUGAGAGCAACUCUGGAAAAAGUAAGAAAGAAAAUGUAUGGUGAAUAUGAUGAAAUGAAACGAAAAAUACAGCAGCUUACGAAUGAAUUGAAAGUGACAAAUGCUCAUCAGGAAUCCUUAGAGAAUCAUGUGCGAGUGCAGGCUGCAGCCUUAGAUAGCUUUAGUGAAAUGAACAGCUCCUUGACAUCAGCAUCAAUAGACUUGCAGAAAACUCUAGUGGAUGUUACAUUGGAGAACACUGAUAUAAGGGAACAAAUAAGGAAUUUAAAACAUACACAUGAGCAAUCUAUGGAAAAGCUGAGAGAGAAGCAGAAGCAACUGGAAACAGCACAAAUUGAAAAUCAGUUACUGAAAUUAAAGGUGGAAUCAUCACAGGAAGCCAAUGCUGAAGUAAUGAGAGAGAUGACAAGAAAACUGUAUAGUCAGUAUGAGGAAAAAAUGCGAGAAGAGGAGCAGAAACAUAAAGCUGAGAAAGAAAUCCUCCUAGAGGAAACAAAUCGGCUUCUGAAAGCUAUUGAAGAGGCAAAUAAAAAGAUGCAGAUUACAGAAACAAGCAUACAGGAAAAAGACCAGAGAAUUGGUGAGCUGGACCGGCUGAUUGAACGUAUGGAAGAGGAACGUCACCAGCUGCAAAAACAGCUUGAACUAAAUGAAAUACAAAUAUCUGGAGCAAAAUCUGAAAACAACUCUGACAGUGAAAGGUCACAGCAUUUGGAGGAGGUAGCAGCCAGCCUAAGAGAGCGAAUCAAACAUCUGGAUGAUAUGGUGCACUGCCAACAGAAGAAAGUCAAGCAUAUGGUUGAGGAGAUUGAAAUGCUAAGGAAGAAAGUAAAAGAAAAGGAAUUAUUUAUAAUUCAACUUUUAGAAAAAAUCUCUUUCUUAGAAUGUGAGAAUAAAGAAUUACAAGAUAAAUUGGACUACUUAAUGGAAAACCAACCAAAGACCAAUAUAGAAACCAGAGAUACUGGUGUAGGAUGUGAUCUUCCAUGCAGUACAAGUACUGAGAACAGAAGAUCUCCUGAAAGCGCAAGGCCAGUGAGGACAUACACCCCGUUCAAGCGGGUGUUGGAAUUUAGCACAAAGAACAGUACAUCUUGAGCAUUCAAGUCAGCCUGCUUUAUAAAUAUGAGCAAAUAUCUUGCGCCUUUGCAGCUUGAUUAGAUAAAUUUUUAUCAAGUCAUAGAGAAGAACAGCAGCAUGGAGUCUUGCUAAAUUUAUCCUGAAAGCAGCUUUUUAGUAACUUCAUAUCUGAAGUUACCACUGACAUUAACUGUGAGUGGGAUACGGAAGAAGCGGGAUGAGUGAAACAGCAGUCGUUACUGCUUCUUCAGAAGCUGUCUAGUGCAAUGUGUCAUUUCAAAUGCCUGUAAGGAAGGACUUGUACAGCUGUACGUGGGGUUUUUUCUUCAUUUGUGUUGUAAUCCUGUUUGUGUAAUGAAGCUUAAUGUGUUUUAUUUUCAAUACUACUCGAAGCAGUAUCUGAAACUGUGCUGGCAGAAGGCAUUGGUCUGAAAGCUCCCCCUUCAUCCGCGUAUAAACUGGGAGGGCUGUUCAAGCCUGUCGGACAGACCUGGUGUAGUUGGGAGCUCUCUUCACCUGGAAGAAGUUCACUCCUAACUAGCACACUUUUGAUGGGAGGGAGAGAUGCAACUGGACUGCUUCAAACAACUCCCUCAACACCAUGCACAUGAAUAUCGUGUUUGUUGCUCAAAACAGUAAGCGAUACAGCAGAUGCUAAUGGAUUUUGCUUUGCUGGACUGAGGCACUGGUUUGCACUUUCUCAGUCAUAGGACAGAGUGACUAUUGGUGAUGAAUUCAAUAGUAACUGUGUAGGAAAAUCCCUGUCACUUGUUUUAUUUACUUUUCCAUUAGAGGAAGGAGUUUUCAUUAAACAGAUUUUUGCCUACAGCAACCUGCAGCGGUCCCUGCAAUUCCUACAGCAAUAUCAAUCCUGAAUCAGGAUUUUGAUUUUUGAGUAUUUUUUUUAAUUUUUUUUUCCCAAAGCACUUAAAAUCUUAUCCUUGACUUCAAAGUACCAGCAGGAAUGGCUGUAUCUACUGCUGAACUUAUUUAAAUAUAUAUAUAGGGUAUUUUUUUACAUCUUGUUUUGAUCUCCCAGUCUUACUGAACUAAAAUGAAUUAUGAAUAUUUUCUUGUAGUUCUAUUAACAUGACUGAAGGGCAUUUUUUUUUUAUUAUGGUAACUGCUAUGGAAAACAAACAACUUACAUUUUGUAUGAUUAAUAUUGUUCUUGCAUUGAAUGUCAAUCCCAGGAGGUACUCACCUUGCCACAGGGCUUCACAAAGUGAUUGCUUUUAUCUCCAGUCUAAUGCCAGUUCUUAAAUUCAGUACUGUCUGUUCAAAUAAAGUAUACUCAGUAGAGUUGUAUUUAAAAUAGCAAUAUUGACCUCAUAAUCCAAAUCUUAUUCCUGUAUUAUUUCAUGGGUUUCUGAAUUUGUUAGAGAAGUUUGUUUAUUUAGUAGUGAAACAGCACAGCUACGGAAUAAAGAAGCCUGUACUGGAGGAAUGACUGAAGGAUGUUUUCAUGUGGUACAGGUACCUUGCAGGAAUGUGAAUUGCUUGAUAUAACCAAAGCGUAUACAGAAUAAAAUGGGAAGCUCAAACUUCUGCAGCUUUUGUGCUCAGAUCAUCCUUUGCACGGAAGCUAUUUUUUUUACUCGUGUCAUGUUCAGCUCCUGAGAACUUAAAAUUGUCAUUCUUCUUAAAAAGUCAAACACAGUAUUAUGGAUUGUGUUAUGCACAGAAUUCAAGAAAUAAUUGCAAUCAAAGCCAUUCACAAAAAGGUAAUUAUCUACUGUGUGAAGGAAGCCUGUAAUAAUCUUCACUGGUAUAGAAAUUGCAAGCAUUAACAGCUGCUCAAUAUUUCUUUUAAAAAGAAUAAAUAAAACCUACAUCAUUAGUUUUAAUAGCUCUAGAAGGAAACUGAGUUUACAUGUGAUGAGGGAGUGCAGAAGAUCUCAUAGAUAUCAAAAAGGCAAAGAAAACCCUCCAGCUGUCACAUUAGUAGACAGGUGUCAUACAUACCAUGCAUUUACUUAAAUAGCUUCUCCCACAGAUGAGGUGCAAAACCCUUGCAGAGUGGGAAAGGUCUUGAAGAGAAGGUCCCCAGGAGUAAAGCCUGCUCCCUGUAAAAACAGCCCCCAAAGUACCCUGUUGUUAUGCGAAGUAGAAGAAUUGUCUCGCACCCGAGUACCAGAGACGUGGAAGGAGCUGGCACAUGGAGAAGCUGUAAUCGUAACAGCGUGUAGGGUACUUGGGGACUUGUGGUUGAAGUUUUGACGCCUGAGCCAAUUUGGGAGACUGAGUUUGCUGAACAAAGUUCCCCACAUAGCGGUUAAUGUGUUCAUAUAAACAUAAUUCAUUUAGCGAUUGAUCAACUAAGAUCAUGAAUGAAUAAGAGAGAACACAUUUAAAUGGGAGGUGUAUGUUGAUGGACCCAGAAGAUGGUGGGUAAUGACCCAACUGAAAUUUCACGGAUAAGCUUUGUACUUGCGUGAUCACACCUCCCUCUCGUGGCUGAUAACAGCAAAUAGUUGGACAGUGUCUGGUUUUCAACAGAAAGACCCUAAAAAUGAAUCCCAGCUGGCCAUAUUAAUGUCCGUUAGGGAUGGGAUGCAGCUGCAGCUCAUGACACAAUGCCGUGUAGCACUUUGUGUGCCCGUAGUCCCUCGGUAUUUCAGGAAUUUAAUUCCGAACCGUGGUUUGUGAAAGUUACCUUCAAAGUUAAGAUGAAGGGAUGAAGGUGAUAUUUUUAAGUAAAAGGAAAGAUGUUGUAAAAGACACCAGCUGACAAGUUUAAAUAAGUAAAAAUACUUUAUCCCUCUGUUUUUGGCCAGAAUUCAGAAAACCACCUGGUGACUGGGAGGUGCUCAGUGAAUGGUGGGAGAGGGCAGGAUGAAGUAAGAAAAAAUGCUGGUUUGACACAGACUUCAAAGGGAAGUUCAUUCUAUUUUUAAUACACUCCUGAGGAUCUCCUCUGAAAAUACUGCAAGCUAUUUUAGCUCUGAGACUUGCAAAAUUAUACUUAUCGGCUCAAGACUUUACCAAGGCUGCAGGUAUUUACCAAGGUGUUAAGUUUUUCCUGUAAAAGUUUUCUGUGUGAAUUCUGUCUUGACUAUUUGAUGAAAUAGGCCAUUUUUCCCUAAACCAAAUAGGGAUUGAAGUCUAUGCAAUAUUCUAAGAGUAUUUUGAUGUGCAGUGAGCUGGAUGACCAUAAUUUGAUUGGACGCCUGCUCUAAAUUUGGUGACUGAAGAACAGGAGAGGAGCAGUAUUUAUGUAAUUGUGUUACAUGAAAAUGUAGAGCUUUCCAGUCAAGUCAGCAGCAAUGUAAAUUAGCAUAGAUAAUAACAAAUUCAAUGAAAAGACCGUAACACUUCAGUGUAAAUUUUGUCAAUUUGAGAUUGGGUUAAUUAGCACCAUAACAUUAGAAACUAGUAAAAUUUCUGUAAACAACAAUAAAAGCCAUGUAGGUAGGUCCCAGAAAGUGCACUGGAUACAAGUCAAUUGUAUGACUGCAUUUGUAUCAUGAUUACAAGUAUUCUUUUGUGAUUUAUUCCAGAUACUCUGGAAAGUAUUUUGGGAUACAGUUUUCAUAUACGCUGUAUAAAUAAUGCAGUUAUGUUGUAUGCUUUUAAUAUAUCCUGUAUGUAGGACAUGGAAAAGAUAAAUUGCAAUAAAUAAUUGUAUUUAAACUUUC